GCCGUAUCUCAGGUUGAUCCGCAAUCAGGCACCCCAAGCCUCGAGCUGAGACCAUGCAACGGCAGCAGCGCUCAGACAUUUUGGUACAACGCAACGAGCCAGCAGAUUGUGCACCCUGCCUCUGACAAGUGCGUUGACUUGGAUCAACAAGACCAGCUUGUGGAGCUGUACACGUGCAACUCCCCCGUCUCCUCGAACCAGCAGUGGAACUUCACCGCACACGGCAAGGACACCAUCUACAUCCAGCCAGCUGCCACAAACACUUCGUGCUUGACAUCAUGUGUUGGCAUUCAACCAGGCAACGUUGGGCGUGUCAACAAGGUCACACGGCAGAAGAACGUGGUUUACAUCACCACCAACACCACCGCCACCAUCAAUGUGACGCUGUAUGCUGCUGAUGUGUUCCGCAUCUCUGCGGGGACGGUGCGACCGUUUGACGACAGCAUUGGAUCGCAGAUCGUCGCCUCCACCACAUUCGAUUCCACAGCGACGCCGAAAUACAGCGACAACGACACGACCAUCACCUUCUCAACCUCCAAAGUCAUCAUCACCAUCAACAAAAACCCCAUCCUCUUCACGGUGCUCAAUGCCACCAGCGGCGCCGUCCUGUUUGCUGAGCGAGAGCCACUGCUCUGGAACACGACGAGUACGCGGCAGUCGCUGCUGCGCGGCGCUCGAGAGCAUUUCUACGGCGGCGGAAUGCAGAACGGAUACUUCUCCCACAGGGGUGCGGAGGUUCUGAUUCAAGAGGGCGGUGGGUGGAAGAAUGGCGGCAGGCCAAACCCGGUCCCCUUCUACAUGUCAACAAACGGCUAUGGUGUUCUGCGCAACACAUAUGCGCCUGGCCAGUACAACUUUCUCGACAACGCCACCUACUCCCACGACGAAGCGCAGUUUGACGGGUUUUACGUCGUUGGCGGCCUGAAGCGCAUCCUUGACCUCUACACUCAGGCAACGGGUCGGCCGUUUCUGCCACCAAUCUGGGGGCUGACACUUGGGGACUCCGACUGCUACAACCAAAAGAACAGGACAACGACCGACAUCAUUGCUGUGGCAAAGAACUACUCGGCUUACGACAUCCCAGGCGGGUGGAUGAUUCCCAAUGACGGGUACGGGUGCGGGUACACGCGUCUCGCGUAUGUCAUUUCGCAGCUGCACGACCUGGGCAAAUACACCGCCCUCUGGACCUCGACGGGGCUCGCAAACGCAACAUGGGAAAUU